GUUGAGUCAAAAAAGUCAACGAUUAAUGCCGACCACCGCGGGGACCGUUACGCACGACGAACUCGCCGCCGGUCGGGCAGCAGCAGAAUGGUGGACAAACCGAAGGUGGGCCUUGGCGAGGAGAUAGUCGGUCCAAGGUCACCGGCGUCGGCCAAGUCCGGUGCGGACUGCGGAAGUCCGGCCCAUGUCGUGUAUCUGACGGAGACGUUCUACAUCAGUUCGAAGAAGAACACGGUGUUUGAGGUCCGGCUGACGGACAAGGGGUUGAGCUUGAAGAAGCAGAGUAACGGGUCAACGAAGGAGCAGACGAUACCGCUGAAGGAUAUUAUCGGGUGUCGAUGUUUGAGGAGCAAGCGGAAAACGAAGGGCAGUUCGGCGUGUGCCUGCACGUCGAUAUCGGGGACGGCCCAGCUGAAGGUCGUGGAGGAGAACUCGGGCGAGCAGGACGAGUCGGACGUCAGUGCGUACCUGUACAUCUACGCGUACAUUCUGAAACGGAAUCGACGUGGUGGGUUUCGGGAGCGGACGACAAUUACGCUUCGGUUUCGGUCCUUUGACAAGUACGAGGACAACAACAAGGAGGCACAGAAGUGGCGCGCAGCGGUGAAGUACCUCGUGGCGGGGGAGUCCGUCGUGAGGCCCGUGUACCACGCGAAAGAUUCGCGCAAGAUGCUCGUCAUUCUGAACCCCAAGUCCGGUUCGGGGAAGGCGCGGGAGAUGUUCCAGCAGCGGGUGGCGCCGGUGCUGGCCGAGGCGGAGAUUUCCUACGACCUGCACAUCACCAAGAAGCCCAACUGGGCGCGGGAGUUUGUGCGCAAUCGGGACAUCUACCUGUGGCGGGGGAUCGUCGUCGUCGGCGGAGACGGAAUCUUCUACGAGGCGCUGAACGGGCUGUUUGAGCGCGAAGACUGGCAGACGGCGGUGGAGGAGCUGGCGAUCGGGAUCAUUCCGUGCGGAUCGGGGAACGGACUGGCGAAGACCAUCGCGUACUUGUACGAUGAACCGUUCGAGACGAAACCGAUCCUGGCAUCAGCUUUAACCGUAGUCAAAGGCAAACAUUCCAUGUUAGAUAUAGUGCGAGUGGAGACACGUUCUCAUAUAAUGUUCUCAUUCCUGUCGGUCGGCUGGGGCCUCAUCUCGGACAUCGACAUCGAGAGCGAGCGGCUGCGGGCCAUCGGCGGCCAGCGGUUCACGCUCUGGUCCGUCCACCGGUUGAUUAGCCUGCGCACCUACCAGGGCAAGGUGUCCUACAUUCCGGCGCUGGUUAAUCCGUCCCAUCCGUACCACCGGUCCAACUCGUUACCCCGGGACGGUGGAGGUGGAGGCGGCCACGGUGGCCUCGGUGGUGCCGCCGGAAUCGGCCUCAAGCAUAGCAUAAGUUACAACACCACGCUGGACUGCCACGACUGUCGGACGGCGGACGAGGAAAACUGUGAUGCUUGCGACACCAACUUUAGUGACGUGCUGUCGCUUGAGACGGGGAGUAAUCUGGAGACGUUCCGGCCGCGCAUCGACAGCUGGUACUCGGCCACGUCCCGCAAGAGCACUUACUUUUCGACGCAGGACAGCAUCUACGAGAGUGAUCGGGCUUCCAACGAGGGCACGACGGUGGGGACGAACCAGAUGUACGGUCCUCCGUCGCGGCUUCCGGCGUUGACGGCACCCGUGCCCGACACGUGGAAGUCGCUCGCCGGAGAGUUUGUGAUGGUGCACGCGGCCUACCAGACGCACCUUAGCACGGAUUGCUUCUUUGCGCCACUUUCCAAGCUGAACGACGGGAUCAUUUGGCUGUUGAUAAUUAAGGCCGGAGCUAGCCGGGCUCAGCUGUUGUCCUUUAUGCUGGGUCUCGGCACUGGGACGCACAUGCCAACGCAGGAGAACGAGUACAUCCAGAUGGUGCCGGUGACGGCGUUCCGGAUCGAGCCGGUUGGGACGACGGGGCACAUGACGGUGGACGGGGAGGAUGUCGAGUAUGGGCCCAUCCAGGCGGAGAUCUUUCCUAGUUUAGCGCGGGUUAUGGUUCCGAAAUGAUCGUGAGAUAAAACACACACACACAGUUUUUGUUGUAUUGUUAGUCUUGUUUUAGUGGUUACAUAAAAGGGGUGCAUCGAUUCCGUUCCAUGUAUUACGAUUGUUGGAGAAAUAAACAGCAAAUCUUUAUUGCAGGCUCAAAUGUA